AUGGAGAAACUCUGGCUCUGGAUCGGUGCAGCAGGGUUGCUCGCAUUGCUGGUUUACAUCUGGACCUGCAUUUCCUACGACGCGGACCUCCUGCCCAAGGGCCUCGCAUGGGGUGGUUACAAGCUCGGCAGCUGGUUUGUCAUCCCCCGUGCGUCUUUCAGCGAGAUCUGGCUCGGUCAUCGCCUGUUACAGAAGGGAUACGAAGACUACGGGAAACAUGGCCAGCCAUGGCUUGCACCCAAUCGCACCUGGGACCACCAAGUCAUGCUUCCGCCCGAGCAUUCCAGAUGGGUGGUGGACCAGCCCGACAGUGUGCUGCAUCCUUUCAAGCCCUUUCUGACAGACCUCGGUUUCCUCUACUUCUUCCUCCCACCGGAGGGUUUGGGCCAGCAGUGGACUCAUGACUUCAGGAAGAUGGAUUGGGCAGUCGUAGCGGACGACAUAUCCGCCGAGGUGGCUGCCUCUACUCGGCGCUUCCUAGGGAGUCGGCCUGGAGCCACUGUGUCGUUCGAUUUGAACGACACAUUACAGACGAUCUUGUCGAAUGUCGGAACCCGAGUCUUUCUGGGUCCGGAGAUGGCGCAGAAUGAGGAGUUUCUGAAGUUCACCAUGAAGAGGAUGUUUGGGUAUAUUCUCCCUGCAUCUCUCUAUCUCCGGACUAUCACGCCAUUAUAUCUCCAGUACUACUUGUUGUGGCCUCUUUUUCAGCUACCAGUCCGGUACUACGAAUGGAGAGUUCGGAGGUCUCUACGUCCUAUUAUCAAAAGCUACCUCGCCGCAGCGCAAACCGCUAAAGACGAAGGCAAAGAGUUGAAGGCGCCCACGAUCCUCGAGACUAUUGCCCGUAUCGCGGUCGAGUCCCCUGAUCCCAGAGACCAUCGACCCGAUAAACUCACCCGUCGAGUACUCAUGUACAGCUUAUUCGAGGGACUCAACGUCGGCAUUCAGGUACUCGCUACCAUCGCCAUCAGCACUUUGCCACUUAUCCUAAUCGACGGCCCAGACCUCUGGAAUCGUCUACGCGCCGAAGCUGAAGCUGUCCAGGCCACGGGACCGUGGACAAAAACCUCUGUCAGCCGUCUCGUCCUUCUGGACAGUGUCUUACGGGAAGGCGCACGCUUGACACCCGUCAAAGUUCGUAACAUCGAGAGAAUGGUCGCCGCAGAGGAAGGCGUCACCUUACCUAACGGGCUGCAUGUGCAGCGCGGAGUGGCCGUUGGCCUGCCAAGCAGCCAAAUCCAUACCGACGACCAAUUCUAUCCAGAUGGCGAGAAGUUCAUUGCAGACCGAUUCGUGGGGAAAGAAGGAGAGACUUUCGCGAGUGUGAGUCAAACAUACCAAGUCUUUGGUAUUCGGGGAAAACACGUUUGUCCAGGGAGAUUCGUCGCCGCACACCUUGUGAAGGUGUUUUUUGCGUACCUGGUCCUUCAUUACGACUUUGACCAGCUGAAAAAACAGCCAGGGGGCUUGUGGAUUUCGGAUCACUACUUCCCGAGUACUGUCACUGUGACAUGUCGACGACGGGAACAAGAGGGUGAUGUGAAGGGGAAGUCUGAAGAACACGAUCUUGUGACUGGGAAGGAGAAAGCGGCUUGA